AUGCCGGUGGGGCGCGUACCGGCCGCCCAGUCAGUUUCUCGAAGAGGGCAACAAUGUGAUCGUGACGUUCAAUUACCGGCUCGGAAGUCUCGGUUUCCUGUGUCUCAAGACUCCAGACGUCCCUGGAAACGCAGGACUGAAAGAUCAGAUAGCAGCCCUGUACUGGGUACACAGAAAUGUCCAACAGUUUGGUGGAAGCCCUCAAGAUGUCACUGUGUAUGCUAUAGAGGCAGGUGCAGAUCUGUUCUGUCUCCUGCUGCUUUGCAAUAUGACCCCCUUGAUGCUGCUUAUAAUGGAGCUGCAUCUUUGGGUUACAAAGGCUCGGAUGACCCAAAUGAACUGUAUGAGUUUUACCUUCAUGCUUCGGACAAAGAGCUGGUAACUAUCCCUGAAUCAUUCCUUCCUUGUGUUGACAACACAUCAGAUAAUGUACAUAACCUCAUAGAUUUAGAUCCAAUACAAAAGCUGGAAGAGGGAAUCUAUACUAAAGUGCCCAUGAUAAUCACAUUCACACAGAAAGACACUAAAUCUAUUCUUGGAACAGAUCUUCAGAGAUUUGAGAAUCCUCCAGACAAUUUUGAAUACUUACUACCACACAAUUUGGAAUUUAUGAAAGAAGAAGUUAAAAGUGAAGUAGCAAAGAUAGUGAAAAAGUAUUAUUUUCCCGAAGACUUUACUAGACGCAGCAUGGCACACAACUAUGCUUACUAUAUCCAGGACAUUUUAGUGGACUAUCCUACUAUAAAGGCAGCGAUUAUGUUUGCAGCCAAGAAUACAUACCCGGUGUAUGUCAUGAAAUUCUCUUUGCCUAAGACAAGCUGGGACUCGAGUAAGUUGGAGUCCUAUAGUUUUGACACAAUACUUGACUACUUGUAUAAAGAAGAGAAGCAAAGCCACUUCCUUGUUGAGCUAGUGACUAUGUUGAUAAGGAACUUCAAGACUUUAGGUGACCCCACACCACUGACCACAACAUUAAUCCCUAUACUAUGGGAGCCAGUGUCCAGUGAUGGAGACAGCAUAUCUAAUAUGCAAGUACUGCACUUUGGUCCUUCCACAAGGGUAACAAUGUCAUCACAUAAUAAUCCACGGCUAAAGUUCUGGGAUAAAAUUUAUACAAGGUUCCACAGCGCAAAUGAUGUCACACAAGAUGAAACUGAAGAUCUAUUGAAUAGUAAGGACAUUGAUGAUCAUGAUGAUAAUGACCUGUAUAGACUAGCAUUUGUGGAAGAAAAGUAA